AUGGAGAGAUCAAAACCCUCUAGCACCUACGGUCAGGCUUGCACCCCUUGCUACAAGGCAAAGUGCCGAUGCGUUCGCCUUGGGAAAUGGUGUGAAUCAUCAGAGUCGGUUCGCAAGCGUAAUACUCAAACAAACCCAACCGAUGUGUCCGAUACACGCAUCGCUCGAUUGGAGGACAAGAUGGAGAGCUUGUUAUCUGCGAUGCAAUGUUUUAUUAGUUCCCCGGGUGGUUCUGGGUCUUCAAUCAACAUCCUACAACCACCUUCUCUUAAUGGAGAAAGCAUGUCGUCAGCCACCUCCCUGACUACCCCCACGAGCACCAAUCUGGGGUUCAAUGAGGGGCAUAUAUACUCGACAAACUCAAUUGCCGCUGUGUCGCCGAAUCCAAAUACAGUAUUCAUGGCUCAUCCAUAUCCUCUAUCGCCAAAUCAAACAGACGAACGGCUUAAUUUCUUCCGAUCUCGCAUGCUGCCAUCUUUCCCCUUCAUUAAUCUUACCCCAGACAUGACGAGCUGGUAUCUCCGCCAAAACCGGCCAUUCUUGUUCCAGGCCAUUCACACUGUUACCACAUUCUCAACACAGGAAAGAUUAACUCAAUCAGAGAAACUGAAGCAUCUUCUAUUCACAUCUGCCUUGAUCAAAGUCGAGUCAAAUAUCGACCUGUUGCUUGGAACACUGACUUAUCUAGCAUGGAGCACUGACGCGUUUCUUGGUAGGGCAGACCUGAUCUCUCGUCUCAUGAUGCUCGCGAUCUCAAUGAUAUAUGAUAUGCGGUUGUUCAAACCUUCCUCGCCAGACGCACAACUUAUGAUGACUAUCACCCAGGGGCGGGCUGAUGAAGAUGGUUCCAAUCUCGGCGACGAAACGCCAUACGGCUUGUUGGAAAGGCAGCGGGCGGUACUGGCAUGUUUCAUUUUGAGCUCCAAUAUUUCGUCACACCUUGGGCGUCAAGAUGCUUUACGAUGGACCCCGCAGAUGGAAGAGGCGCUUCGAGUUCUCACCAUAAAUAAGUCAUGCACCGCCGAUGAAUUGUUUGUCGCUCAAACACGCUUGCAAUUGUUGAAGCAAAGAGCGGAUGAUGUCCGACAGCAGGACGAGACAAAUUGUGCUCGCGCAGGGACAGGUUCUACGGCCUCAGCUCCCCGCAUAUUAUAUCUGAAGACUUUGCGAAGGCAGCUACAUGCGUUAAGAUCGUCGUUUCGUGCAGAUCACCAACAGAUUGGUAAGUAG